AGAGACUACAACGUUAGUGAACCGACUGUACGCUGGACGGUUUAAGGAGAGAAGAAGGCAGGUAAACAAACCUUCAGGCUGGCCAUUGUCUUAUUGAUUUAAAUGAAUUCGUUAUACCAUGAUGCGUGCAUACUGAUAUACUUCACGUGACACUGACUGACUGCAUUUCCCACAAAGCAGCGGGGCAUCAUAAUAAGGUUUAACGCACUUUCAUCUCUGAAAUAACAGCGCGGUUUAGUCUAUUUGAGAUAAACUCGCCAGGGUCAAAGUCUGCUCGUGCGUCUGUUGUGAAGGUAACGUUACUUUUGGAGGUUUAUGAACGACGACAGCCAACGGACCGGACAGUCGCAAAGUCCACGUGUGCUCGAGUGCUGCGGAGGGAUCAACAACGUGGACUACUCCCAGAUGGACCUGGCACCACUGCAGAGGCUUUUCAAACUAAUUGACUUCACUGAGCCAACUUUUUGUGUGGCUGUCGCUGCUAUCAUCUUCAAUCCUCUGUUCUGGAAUGUGGUGGCCAGAUGGGAACACAGCACACGGAGACUGACAGCUCUGUUUGGAAGUCCAUAUGUGGCGUGUUACAGUCUGGGGUUCAUUAUCCUCCUGCUUAAUGUGUGCCGCAGCCACAGUAUGACCGUGGCCAUGAAGACACAGCCCCGGUGGGAGGUGCUGGAGCAGACAGAAGUGUACUACACGGGUGUGGUUUUCAUGAUGGCGGGCACUGUGCUGGUUGUCAGCAGCUUCUUGGCUCUGGGAUUUACUGGAACAUUCCUGGGUGAUUACUUUGGCAUCUUGAUGGAUGAGAAGGUGACAGGUUUUCCAUUCAACCUCAUAGACAACCCCAUGUAUUGGGGCAGCACUGCCAACUACCUUGGUUUAGCGCUUAUUGGCUCAAGUCCCGUUGGUUUGAUCCUGACAGUAAUUGUAGCAGCGGCAUACAAGGUGGCAAUUCAAUUUGAAGGACCAUUCACAGACUGCAUCUAUCAGGAGAGAAGUCGGCGUAACAAGCAUGAAUAAUGGCCUCCUUCCCAGACGCCUUCGGAUCCUACUAUUGCUCAGGAUGCCUUCCUCUAAUGUGGAUAUAGGGAAAACUAAGUGAGAAUAAAUAAUGCCACCUUUAAUACUGUUUUAAAAUGCUGUUUACACAUACCUAUCACACACAAAGUUAUUAUUUAAUUUAAACAUUAUUUCAAGAGUGUGCAAGUCAGUCUUUGGAUGACCUACUAAAUAUUGAUUAUAAGGUCAAUCUCUUUGUUCAAACUAUAUUUUAACUGACCUCUUUAUACUGCACAGACUGUUCUGUUUGACGUACAUUUAACUGUUAGCAGCUUGGAUAUAAAACACACUUUUGUUCAAAUUGUCUUUGAUGAUGUAUUCUAUUGGGCUGCACAACAUUAGGGCAUGCGAUAUUCAGUGAUCGCCUUGAGUACUGUAAUAUCAAUAUUAUUGCUAUAUUUUAAUAUAGCAUUUUGACAAUUUAAAUUAAUUUAAAUUAAUGAAUAAUUUUAUACUAAUAAGAACAUGGGAAAAACUAAACUGUACAAAAACCUCUCAACCUGUGAUUAAAAGUGCAUAUACUGUGCAGUGCUAAUGUUGCACCAUUAAAGAUGACCAGUAUUAUUGUUGGUGUAUUCACAUGUAACACGAAAUGUUCAUAACUUACCAACUGUCCAUGCUCUGUCACAUUUAUACAUUGCUGCUGGUCUGACCUGUGUCAGAGCAGCAGUAAUGGGUUUUUACUGUGCUAAUCACAAUAACCCUACUGAACUGUAUAAACUGCUUCUGGAUGUAUUGUUUAAGUAAUAAUAAAACUCUACCGUUGGGGUCUAAAUCCUUGUUCUUUGUCUGACAUGAGGCCAUCAAAAUAUAUAUUUUUUAAGUACAAAUGCUGGAAAAAUCAUACCUGAAUUGAUCUUUAAUUUACAUUGAGUUGAUUAUGGCUAAGUAUCACAAAUGUCCAGACAUAUUGCUUAAGUUUAGAAAUCUACUGCUUAAGACUUGAAAUAAAGUGGUCUUCAUCACUUCUCUUUAUGUUUCCUGGAGGGAGCAGACAUUUCUCUGUGAAAUUUGAGCAGUGCAGAUGGAAGGAUGAGUGGCUUUAUGAAAGACUGGGAAAAUUGAUCCCUCAUGUGUCACUGUAGGCUCCACUCUACUCCAGCUUCUGUCAGACAAACAAUGCUUUAUUAAACAUACUACAGGUGGAAAUUAGUAUUUAUGCUAUAACCUGGCACCAGACAUCUUUGGUGUUUUUAAGGUCAAUGUAAUGUCGUGCACUGUCCCUGUUUCAAAUAAAAGCAUACCAUACCAUACCAAUG